GAGUAGCUCUGAGACUGUAAUCGUUUGCGAUCGUUUCAAUACCACCUGCACGAGCAACUGCUACAUAGCAAGAUUCAUUUCCAAAAUCAAUUCCUAUAACUGACAUCGCAGCCAUUGCUUACAACACUAUCGCUUUUAAAACACGGUACAAAACGACAGAGACGGGGUCAACACAGUUAGAGCACUAAACGUUAACUGAAAGGACACAGCUUUUCUGCACUGAACCGGCAGAAAGUUCUAGAACAUGUGAAGUUGAGAAACCAAUAGAACGUUAAUAUCAAUAGUUCACUGCUACCUUAAUCACACUAACCAUGACUAGGAAAAUUCUAGAUCAUUCUGCCGCCAAUUUCAAACGACAAGAAUGGGAAUCAAUAAUUUCAAAAGAAUUUUAUUACGGUCUACUUCUUUAUGACAAUUGCUUUGUUAAUUAUAAGGUGUUUAUAGCAACAUAUGAUGCCUUCAACAUUUAAAGGGUGUCUUAAAAUAAAUAUUUUAAAGUUCCAUAAAACCUAUGUCUGCUAGAAAAGUAAAAUUCGGAGAGCAAAGUGCUAAUUUCAGAUGCCCAAAGAAGCCUGUAGAUUAUUAACAUUAUCUAUUUCAUUAUUUGGAAUUAUAUGCAUGGCCAAAGGUCUUUCAACAAGAAAAGAAUCAGCAAUCAACAAGAACAUUUAUUACAAUAAAGAUUCAAACUACAAGGAAGAAGUUGGUAGUGGUAAUGCACUAGAUUAUGAAAAUGAAUAUUAUAGACAAAAAAAAUCUCCAGAGCAUGAUGGAACUGGGUUAAAAUCGAAUUUACUAAAUGUUAAUAAGAAAUCAGGAAACAUCAUUCCAAUAAACAGUCUUAACCAUCUGCUGCCAGAAACAGCAAUAAAAAAUCAAUUUAAUGAGAACAAGGAAAAGUUUACAGACAAAAGUGAAUAUGAUACAAAAAUCAUUAAAAAAAGGACAAAUAAUCAAGAGCACUUAAGACCUAGAAGAAAAAAUCCUCUUUCUUAUUUGCACAUUAAUCAUUAUUCUAAGUACAAGGAACCUGAAAUGUAUAUUAUCAAUGCUAACAAUUUUAAUGAAGAUGUAAUUCGGAGAUUUACAAGGACAGAAAAAAAAUAUGAAUUACCUGUGUGCGAUAUAAAUGAAAACCUAGAAAAUGUUCAUGGAUCAAGCACAAUAUCAAGGUCGCUUGGUCUAAAAAAGAGAGGAUUGAGUAACAGUAAUCAAAUUCCAGUAUCAAAAAUUAAUCUUGAUCGUGAAUUACAAAGAAAAGUGAGGGCACAAUGGAAGUUCAGAGAUCAUUACAAUAAUCUGGACAUGGGAUACAACAAAUAUGAAUCACCAAUCGGUAUCGAACAUAAUCAAAAUACUGGUUUGGACAAAAGCAAUACAGUAAAUAAUUCUGACCUAGAUAAAGAAAAAGCUUGUUUUCAUCAAAACAAUUAUGAUGAUAACAAGACAAAAAAUUUAAUGAUAAAACGUGGAACAUUUGAUGAAGAAGGACAAAUGUCAUCUAUAUUUUCUAGUAAAAAACAACAAACACAAGCAACAAAAGAGAACAAGAAAGAAAAGAAAAAUGUCUUAUACAACAAAUCAUGGAAUGAUAACUUAAUUAUUUCUAACACUAAAAGUGAUAGUAAAGAUCCGACACCAUUCAGUGAAACAAAUAAUAUUAGCAACAAUCUUUCUUCUUCAGUAUAUAAUGCUUCAGACCAAAUAAAUAUGGUACCUAAUCAACAGUUAUCAGAUCAAACACAGAUUAAUUUAACAAACCAAUCAAUGACAAGUGCCGACAAAGAAAAAACUGAAGAUAUAAAUGCAGCUCUGAACACAAAAACAGAAUAUUCAGAAAAUGAACCAGCCAUUCCGUCUAAUUUAACAAACAAUGAUUUUGAACACAGUGAAAAAAAUAAAUUUCAAAUGCCAAUUGUAAAUGUCCAAUCCCCUUCAAUGCCUCCAUUGACACUAGCUAAUGGUGUAGUACCUAACAUCAGUUAUGUUUAUCUACAACCUAUGCCUUUUGCUAAUUCAAUGUUUAUGAAUCAAUCAAAACUUGUUGAAUCAACCUCAAUUUCUAAUAAAAAAAGCGAUCAUGUUGCUAACACUGAAAACAAAAAUAAUGACUUAAUAACAAUCUCUAUAGAUCCCAAAACCUUACAAAACAAAAUUUUACAUGCAGAAUUCAUGAAGAAAUCAGAAGUAAAAAAAACUCCAGAUACAUUAAGCAUCGAAUUAUCACCAAAAGAUAUGUCCACAAACUCAUCUAAACAACAAAGAACAGUUCAGAAACCCUUGAAAAUAUCUGCUUCAGUUAAAAAUAAUAGUGUAUUAAUAACUGGUGGUGAAACUAACAUUCCAAAUGAAAAAAAAAAUCAACAAUACCAAUCAUUGAAAGAAAACUUUGAUAAAACAGAGUUGGAAAAAGAAUCAUUGAAUAGACAAAGGAAAUCUAUUAUAUCCCAAAUAAAAAUGAAAGAUAUUUAUGAUGAUAAGAAGUCAAUAAAUGGAUAUAAUUUACCAAUUGAAAUGAAUCUUAAGGACAAUAGUAAAACUGAUGAAACUAAAGUACUAAUAAUAAAUGCAAAACAAAAAGAAGUGUGUGCGACUGAGGAGCCGUGCAAGAUAAUGUCAACUUACUGCAGUAUAGACUUAUGUGACAGUGAUAGCCACUGUAAGAGAUCAACAUGGAACAUACAAAACUUUCACGAACUUCACGAAAUUGGUCCCAAAGAUGAAAAAUCUACAAGCUUAAAUAGUUUAAGUAGCUCAAGUAGUUUUAGCAUCUCAAAUACUAAAGAAAACCUAAAUGAAGAUAAAACAAUAUCCCUCAAUGUAAGCGAUGAGCCAAUGGUAAUACCAACAAAUCCUAUUCAAUCCGGUGUUAAAAUUAAGAGAGAAGCCGAUCCAAUGAAUAUUUCAAACAUUAUAAAUCUUUUAAAGCCUGUACUUGUCUUGAGUCCUAAGGUAGACAAUGAAGGCAGUGAAGAUGAAUCUGCGGACUCUACAGGGAUAAUUGAUAAAGCUAAUUUAAAGGGAUCAUCAGAAAUAGCUUUUGAAAAAGGCAAUAAAAAAGUAGAAAAUAAAAUUCUGGAGGGUUUUAUAAAUAGCAUUAUAGCAAACUACUCAAAAGAAGAGGCAAAGCCUCUAAUGAAAGAAACAACAGAAAAAGCUGAAGAUGGUGCUGAAGCAUUAUUAAAGUUGUUAGAAAACAGUAUGCCUAAGAGAAGUGAAAGAGACAAAGAAUUCUUUGAUGAAAAGAAGUCAGAUGUAUGGAGUUUAACACCACUCAUAGUCCCAGAAUCGACCAUUUCAAAGUAUGGUGAUAAUACAGAGUAUGCUAAGUUGGGUCCUUUUGAUGAAAAUUUUAUUAAAUCAUUUUUAAAAAAGGAUUACAUUUCAUCAUUGCACAGAAAAAAGAAAUAGGCAGAAGAUAGAAAUAAAAUGUGGACAGUAAGGUUAAUAAAACAAACCUAAGAUUUCAGUCUUCCUAUUAGGAAUAAAUUACAAUUACACCACUGAAAGUACAAAUAUGGAUGUGCUUGACAGGAAAAAAUGCAAAUGAGAAUAAUGUUAAAGAAAAGUAUAUGAAAAGUUUCUAUACUUAAAAAGAUAUAUAAUUCAAAAACUAAAUGCUUAACAACUAAUAAAAUAAAUAAUAAAAUAUAAUCCACUCUCCAAUUUUCAUAGUAU